ACUUUUCUGCUCGCUUAGCUUGACGGAGCCUUCCAAGAGUUUUGAGCCUGUUUUUUUUUUUUAUUUUGCUUUUGACCGGUUGUUAUCCUUCCCCCAGCGUGACACACCAGGCCGAGUCGAGCAAGGCCGUGUACCUUGCGCAGCGACCCUCUCGUCCCUUUUCGGGUCGGCCCAUGUCCACCUGAGUACUUUGUAACGGUCGCUUUGCCUUUUCGGUGGUGGCGGCCGAGCUAAACACGUUAGCCGCAGCCGCGGCUGCUUUUCGGCCACUUUAGCCCGUUAGCCAGCUUUAGCUUCGCCGCGUCGUCUCCAGUCUCAACUUGACACUGACGGACACCAGCGGCUUCGGCUUGUCGUUGACAAGCCAUUCGAGCCCCAGCAGCAUGUCGGGCCAGUCGUCCUGCUGCGGCUUCCUCAUGUCGGUGGUGGUCCACGGAGACUCGACGCUCAACGAGCAGGAAAAGGAGCUUAGCCAGCGCUUGCGACGCCUCUACCCCGCCGUCAACGAGAGCGAGACUCCGCUGCCUCGCUCCUGGAGCCCCAAGGACAAGUUCAGCUAUAUCGGGCUGUCGCAGAACAACCUCCGCGUGCACUAUAAAGGUCACGGCAAGACCCCGAAGGACGCGGCGUCUGUGCGCGCCACGCACCCUAUCCCGGCGGCAUGCGGCGUUUACUACUUUGAGGUCAAGAUCAUCAGUAAAGGCCGAGACGGGUACAUGGGUAUCGGCCUCUCUGCUCAGGGUGUCAACAUGAACCGGCUGCCUGGUUGGGAUAAUCACUCUUAUGGUUACCACGGCGAUGAUGGCCACUCCUUCUGCUCAUCUGGUACUGGGCAGCCAUACGGCCCCACCUUUACGACUGGCGACGUGAUUGGCUGCUGCGUCAACCUCAUCAAUAACACCUGCUUCUACACAAAAAACGGACAUAGCCUCGGGAUCGCCUUCACAGACCUUCCACCCAACUUGUACCCGACAGUGGGUCUGCAGACUCCAGGGGAGGUGGUGGACGCUAACUUUGGCCAACACCCGUUUGUUUUCGACAUUGAGGACUACAUGCGUGAGUGGAGGACCAAGAUCCAGGCGCAAAUUGACCGCUUCCCUAUUGGCGAGCGUGAGGGCGAGUGGCAAUCCAUGAUCCAAAAAAUGGUGGCAUCCUACCUGGUGCACCACAGCUAUUGCGCCACCGCUGAAGCCUUUGCAAAGACAACCGACCAGGCCGUGCAUGAGGAGCUGGCCUCCAUCAAGAACCGGCAGAAGAUCCAGAAACUGGUGCUGUCAGGCAGGAUGGGUGAAGCCAUUGAGACCACCCAGCAGCUCUACCCAAACCUCCUCGAGAGGAACCCAGACCUGCUCUUUAUGCUCAAGGUAAGACAGUUCAUUGAGAUGGUGAACGGGACAGACAGCGAGGUGCGGUGUCUCGGGGGUCGCAGCCCAAAAUCUCAGGACAGUUACCCUGGCUCCCCACGGCCCUUUGGCAGCCCCGCCCACAAAGCUGGCAACUCGCAGUCCUACUUGACAAGUGUGGACAGCAAUUGCUGUAACGGCGUGAUGUCCAAUAAGAGCCACGGCUCCACCCCUCACAGUCAUAAGGCCUGCCCUCUGGGCUCAGGCUCCGCCCCUUCGGCAUUUGACAUCAACUUAAAUGGGAACCGCAACCAGAUGAAUGCAACCAGCGAUGUGGAUAUGGAGGUGGAGCAUUUCACCAACGGCGUGUCUGAGUCAUCCUCAAACGGCUUCCUGAAUGGUUCCUCAAAACACAUCAACGAGCCAGACGACUGCGACGCCGACAUGGAGGUGGAGUCUGUUCAGGCCAAGCGCCAGCUAUGCGGCGGCAGCCAGGCGGCCAUCGAGAGGAUGAUCCACUUUGGACGAGAGCUGCAGAGCAUGAGCGAGCAUCUCCGGAGAGAAUGUGGAAAGAACUCUGCCAACAAGAAGAUGCUCAAGGAUGCCUUCAGCCUCUUGGCCUACUCGGAUCCCUGGAGCAGCCCGGUCGGCUACCAGCUGGACUCCAUCCAGAGAGAGCCCGUGUGCUCCACCCUCAACAGUGCAAUACUAGUGACGCACAACCUGCCCAAGCAACCCCCCCUGGCCCAGGCUGUAGGCCAGGCCGCCCAGUGCCUCGCCAUCAUGGCGCGAACGGGCAGCGGCUCCUGUGCUUUUGCAUCAGUGGACGAUUACUUGCACUAGCUGUGCGCGCUACACACACACACACACACACACACACAGUAGUGUACAAAAGUAUGAGACCACCAUCAGAUUAUUGUUUUCAGCCAUAAAGAGACAAAUGGAUGGACACAUUUAGACAAUUUUGUGACACUUAAGAGUC